AAUAAAAUCGGACUCAAAAAUCAAAAUGAGGAAAGUGAGAAAGAAACUCUUGCAUUUGGGGUCUUUGCACGACAGACCAUUCCAAUUGGGAUCAUUCAAGUCAACUGCCGUGUUGAGCAGAGCAGAUCUUUCAACAUCAUCUAUUCUAAAUUAUAUUGAAUUCUGCACUAACACAAAGUUCAAAAAACUGAUGAGUUUUUAGGAAUAUCAUUUCACUCCUGUUUGUUUUGUUUACGCUUUUGUGUGUGGUUGUUUUGUUUUUUAAUUAUUUCUGGGAAUUUCCCACUUUCAAAUGGAUGUUCCCUUCUUUCUCUCUCUCUUUGUCCUCUCUCAUCUUCUUCUUCUUCUUCACUCGUUCUCGGCCCAAGAAGACAACAAAAUCCAGAUUACUUGUCCCAAAUCCUUCGACUGCAAACCAUUCCAUCAACCACUAAGCUUUCCAUUAUCCAAUUCUACGUAUUCCCAAUGUGGGUUGUGCACGGUAACUUGUGAACCGAAUCAACCUCCACAAAUUCAACUGGGAAAUGAAGGGCCGUGGUAUGAUGUAGAAGCAAUAGAGGAAAACUUAUCCGGUUACAUUUUCCAAAUCCAUGACAAAUUUCUCCGAACCCAUUUACAAAAUGAAAGUUGUGAUGUCUUCAAGAAUUUGAGUCUUCCCAACCCUUCUAUUUCAUUUACAAUCAGUCCACACCUCACCUUCUUCAAAUGCAACAACAAUUUUGAUCCUGUUUCCCCCAAAGAAGAUCAUUUCACAGAUUUUCAUAAUUACACAAACUGCGAAGACUACAAUUUGUACUAUAAAUAUCCAGAUGAUGAUCUGUUAUCCUUUCCUGCUCCUCUUCCACCUAGCUGCUCAGUAAUUCAGCUGCCCCUGAAUUCAUCAAACACGAAUCCUAAUGUCAGUGACCCAUUCAAUCUGUUAACCGAUAACUUCUCUCUCGUAUUGCACGUGUCUGAGGAUUGUCAGGAGUGUUACAAGGGAGGAGGUCAAUGUCAAAAUGACAACCAGAAAUUUCACUGUGCAACCAAUGAAGUGGUUUCAAAAAGAAGGAAGUUGAUAUUGAUUCUCGGAACAGCUAUUGCUGGAAUUGUGAUUAUAGGUAAACUCCAGUCUCGAUGGGAUGGCCCAUAUGAGGUUGUUAAAGUCUUUUCGCAUGGGGCGGUUGAGAUUAAACAUCCACAAGAUGGUACAACCUUCAAGGUCAAUGGCUAA